GACCGCCAAGGAGGCUCUUAACGAAUCGUUCGUCGCGUUAAAAUGUGAAGCGACACGAGUCACGACGGACGCCACGAGAGAGAAAGAGACAACAAGAAAAUGGCGAAAUCUAGCGCUGACGAUGCCGAGCUACGGCGAGCUUGUGAGGCCGCAAUCGAAGGCAGCAAGCAUAAGGUCUCUCUCUCCAUUCGAACAGUCAAGACUCACGGCACCUGGGGGAAAUCUGCUAAGCUUGGUCGUCAAAUGGCUAAGCCUAGGGUUCUCGCUCUCUGCACAAAAGCGAAAGGUCAGCGGACAAAAGCUUUUCUUCGAGUUUUAAAGUAUUCAAAUGGAGGCGUUCUUGAGCCUGCUAAGCUAUACAAGCUGAAGCACCUCUCAAAAGUGGAAGUUGCAGCAAAUGACCCAAGUGGAUGUACAUUUACACUGGGGUUUGAUAACCUUAGAAACCAGACUGUGGCUCCUCCACAGUGGACAAUGCGCAAUAUUGAUGACAGGAAUCGCCUCCUGCUUUGUAUCUUAAAUAUCUGCAAAGAUGUCUUAGGUCGCCUUCCUAAGGUUGUUGGUGUUGAUGUUGUGGAGAUGGCUCUUUGGGCUAAGGAAAAUAAACCUGCAGUUUCCACUCAAAGUAACCAACAAGAUGGUGCUUCUGUUGAAUCUGCUGUGACUGAAACAGAAUUGAAAGUCAAUGUUGAAAAGGAACUUGUUUCCCAGGCAGAGGAAGAGGACAUGGAGGCUCUUUUGGGAACUUAUAUCAUGGGUGUUGGUGAAGCAGAGGCUUUUUCUGAAAGGUUAAAAAGAGAGCUCCAGGCUCUUGAAGCAGCAAAUGUGCAUGCCAUUUUAGAAAGUGAACCUUUGAUAGAUGAGGUGUUGCAAGGGCUUGAAUCAGCAACAAAUUGUUUGGAAGACAUGGAUGAGUGGUUAGGCAUGUUCAAUGUGAAACUUCGACACAUGAGGGAAGAUAUUGAAUCAAUUGAAUCCCGCAAUAACAAGUUGGAAAUGCAAUCAAUAAAUAACAAAACUCUUAUUGAAGAGCUUGAUAAGCUUCUUGAGCAAUUGAGUAUCCCUUCUGGGUACUCAGCAUGUUUGACAGGAGAUUCAUUUGACGAAGCACUAAUGAUGCAAAAUAUAGAAGCAUGUGAGUGGUUGACAACUGCCAUGCGUGGUCUUGAAGUGCCUAACAUAGAUCCUAUGUAUGCAAAAAUGAGAGGAGUUAAAGAGAAGCGUGGCGAACUUCAAAUAAUAAAGUCUACUUUUGUCGGGAAAGCUUCUGAAUACAUGAGAUGUUACUUUGCUAGUUUUGUGGACUUCAUGUUAAAUGAUAAAAAUUACUUUUCUCAGCGGGGACAGUUGAAGAGGCCAGAUCAUGCUGACUUGAGGUUCAAGUGCAGGACAUAUGCACGCCUUUUGAAGCAUUUAAAGAUUCUUGAUAAGAAUUGCUUGGGUCCAUUGAGAAAAGCUUAUUGCGCUUCUUUAAACUUGCUUCUUCGCAAAGAGGCCCGUGAGUUUGCUAAUGAACUUCGUUCUUGUACUAAAACAUCUAAAACCCAAACUGUUUGGUUUGAAGCCUUCACGGGUUCUGGUCAAAAUGUAAAUUCUGCUGACACUUCAACAGUUUCUGAUGCAUAUGCAAAGAUACUUACAAUUUUUAUCCCACUUCUGGUGGAUGAGAGCACUUUUUUGGCUCACUUCUUGUGCUUUGAAGAUCCUUCAGUUAUUGACAGUAAAAAAGCUGGAUCCAAUAACGGGGACAAUGAUGAUGAUUUGGGAAUGUUGGACAUUGAUGAGGAUGACAGUAAAUCUAGUACACGUAAAAAUUCGGUGGAUUUUGCAGCUUUAAAUGAAUCACUUCAAGAUUUGCUUGAUGGAAUGCAAGUAUGCAUAUAAUAAACUCUAUCUCUUACAAUGAAAUUGUGAGCUUAUGAUAUUUGUGAGAUAAAAUGAUAUCUCAUGUUACUUGAUAGUCAUGUUGGAAAGGUUGUGUAUUUUUAUGAUGAAAAUUUAACUACAUUGUUUUGUAUCUUGUUUCUCUCUUAGCAUAAUUGUUACGUCAUGCUAGAGGAUCCAAAUUUAAGAUAACAUGGUAAAGCCUUUAUGAGUUCUCCAUGGUAAUAAGUAUUGAGAGUCGGUCAUUUUAGUCCUUGAAAGAAAGAAAUUGCUCGAGGUUCUUGAAUAUUCAAUAAUCCUUAUGUUAAGUGACGUGAAUUAACUAGUUAACACCAAUGGAAAUGUUGAACAUGGCAAAUUAUGUACCACAUACCACAUAAGAUGUAUGGAGGAAGAUGAUUAUUUCUCAAGGACCUAAAAGAUGCCACAUGUGCAUCUUGUGUGGCACUUAAUAUGCCAUAUCAACAUUGUUGUUAGUGUAACAUGACAUUAGUUAAUAUAAGGACUAAAAUGACCGAUCGAUUGAAGACUGAACAACCUCAAGAGCAACUGUUUUCUUUUAGGGACUAAAAUGGUCAAUGCCUAAUUUUUCAAGGACCAAAACAAUGAUUCACUUUGCAGCAUUGUAUAUUUUGUCUGUCUCAUAUAAGUUGUACAUAACAUAUAUCAUGUUAUGGUCUAGCAAUGAUAAACAUAUUGUGAUAGGAACCAGAACCCUGAGACAAUUAGGCCAAAAACGAAAAAUAACUAAGGCGUAGUUAGAAAGUAAAAAUGAGGGCAAUGCAGGGGAUUAAAACCAAGUGAGAGAGAAUGAAUAUGAUCAUUUCAUGUAACUAACUACUAAGUUGGUUAGGCAGGAAAAGGGUGACUCAGUUGUAUGGGGUAUAAGAGUAGGAGUGGGAAUGGGAAGGGUAGGCUGGGAUUGGUGGGAACUUGUGGGAGACAAUAGGCACCCUCUAACUGCCUAUAGUUUUUCCGCUUUUCUUUCCUUACUGUAUUUUCAUUUUCACACCAUCAAACCCCGUAUAUUCUUUUGGUACCAGACUAUAAGAGAAUAUCAUUUCUCCUUUUGUUUUCAAUUACAUGUAUGUAUUUUUGGUUUAUGUUAUUGUUUUUGUUGUUUAGUUAUAACGGACUUGCAGUCAGUUAUAACUGUUGAAGAGGAAAAACAGACAUAUUUGGGAUAAACUGUGUUUGGAUACACAUUGGAUGCAGCAGGUUAUAUACACUUAUUACAUUAAUUAU